AUGGAGUCGCAAACAAAACGCAUCUCACUUCCCGACGAAGAGCCCGAGAUAUUCUCGUCUGUGCUGGAAUAUUUGUACAAAGGCGAUUAUUAUCCUCGCCUCGUCCACAAUAAGCGACGCAACUCUUGGGAGAUUGAGCCGCCGAGCGAUGACGGUCGUGGGACGGUCGAGUCGACUGUCUACCACCACGGCAUCGAUGGCGAUUUAUUGAAAGACACCGUCAUCUACUGUGCUGCGGAGAAAUACGGACUGGAAGAGCUAAAGCGCGUCGCUUUGCGAAAGCAAGGACUUCAGUCCGGCAUUCAAUGCAGCACCAUCCUCGCAUCGGCGCGUUACGCCUAUGCCAACACCCCCGACACAGACUCCAAGCUGCGGGCACAUUACCUCGCUCUCAUCAUCCGGAGUCGCAGCACCUUCAAGCGCAGCGGCACCAUGCAGCUAGAAAUGUUCAACGGUGGCACCCAGCUGUUCUUCGACCUGUUUGUUGCUCUCUGCAACCACGUUGACGACAUUUCCAGCGCCCAGGGGACGCCGCGCAGCAACCGCUUCAUUUAG